AUGAUGGGCUUAUCCACUCUGGUGCUGCUGUCCUCAGUGGCCCUGCUUUGCAGCGCUGCCCCAGCUUUGGAGCCAGUAACAUGCAGCUUUGAAAACAUUAACGCAGCAGCCCGUCUGGCAAUGCAUCAUCUUAACAUGUACCAUGAGCAUGGCUACAGGUUUAGACUCCUUGAGGUCGCUGGCAGCAAAAUGGGACAGACUGACACAGGCUGUACUAUGGAACUGAAUCUGAAUCUUUGGGAGACAGACUGCCAUACUGUCAACCCCAAACACUUUGAGGACUGUGAGUUCCGUCAAGAGAGUGAUCGGGCAGUUGCAGCCUCCUGCACAGUUCAGAUGACUGUAGUAUACAGUGACGCCCAAGUCAAGAGUUACAAAUGUGUCACAAAAAAAGCACUUUCCGACGAAGAAAUGGCGAUGACCUGCCCUGACUGUCCUCCAAUCAUCUCACUUACUGACCCACAAGCCCUAAAGGCUGCUCAAGCAGCUGUGAAACAAUUCAACUUGAACACCACCAACCAGCACUACUUUGUCCUGAAGGAAGUGGGCCGAACUAAACUUGCGUAUAUACCAGGGGUAGGGAUGCGAUACUACAGUGAGGUCGCCCUCAUUGAGUCUCAAUGCCCAAUGUUUUCCAGAGUAGUUCCCGAGUCAUGCAAUCCCUUGUGCAGUGAGAGAGCUCAACAUGCUCUUUGCAAAGCAUCUUAUUCUGCAGCAAAUGGAAUUUCUCAUUUGGAGUGUGAAUACUAUCCACCAUCGUAUGCUCCUCCACUUGCUUUUGGGGAGCAGGAGCCUGUAUGUGUGCCCACUCUUCCUCUGAGCCCCGCUGGUCCUCCUGGCUCACAACCCACAUCCAACACCCACCAUUGUUCCAUGGAUUCCAAUUCAGCGUUCCAUCCAAUUUGCCCCUGGCCAUAGCUGGACUUCAGACAUUUUAAGUGUAUGCAAGACAGGUUUAAGGCCUUCCAAAGUACAACAAAACAUGUCAAAUA